UUUCUUGUGUUCUGAGAUAAGGAAAAAAAAAUGUGGUGGUUGUGAAUUGUGAGGCAAUUCCUCUUUGUGUCGCAUUGAAUUCGACUCCCAUUCAGUGUUCUUGUUUUCUGAAGUUUGGUGAAAACAUGAGGCAACUCAUGGUUUCCAAUAUGCUACUACUUGUCGAGAUUGUCACUCUGUCAUCUCUGCUAUUUGGGUUUGUUUUGGGGAAGGAAUGUACCAACGUUCCUACUCAACUAUCUUCGCAUUCGUUUCGGUACGAGCUUUUGUCCUCGAAUAACGAGACAUGGAAACAAGAGAUGUUUUCCCACUACCAUUUGACUCCCACAGAUGACUCUGCGUGGUCGAACUUGCUCCCAAGGAAGAUUUUAAAGGACGAAGAUGAACUUAGUUGGUCAAUGGUGUAUAGGAAAAUGAAGAAUUCGGGUGGGUUUGGUGAUACGGAUGGGGGUUUCCUCAAGGAGGUUUCACUUCAUGAUGUGAGGUUGGACCCUGAAUCAAAACAUGGGGAGGCUCAGCAGACAAAUUUGGAGUACUUGUUGAUUUUGGAUGUGGAUAGCUUGGUUUGGAGCUUUAGGAAGACUGCUGGGUUGGAAAGCCCUGGCAAGGCGUAUGGAGGUUGGGAGGACCCCACUGUCGAACUUCGCGGUCAUUUCGUAGGGCACUACAUGAGUGCCUCAGCCCAGAUGUGGGCUAGCACUCACAAUGAUAGUCUCAAAGAGAAAAUGUCUGGAGUUGUUUCUGCAUUAUCUGCCUGUCAAGAUAAAAUGGGAACAGGAUAUCUUUCUGCUUUCCCUUCUGAGCUUUUUGACCGUUUUGAAGCUAUAAAGCCUGUUUGGGCACCAUAUUAUACCAUUCACAAGGUAAUGGCAGGUCUUCUGGAUCAGUACAUAUUCACCGGUAAUGCUCAAGCUUUGAAGAUGCUGACACAGAUGGUUGAUUACUUUUACAACAGAGUGCAGAAUGUGAUAACAAAGUACACUAUAGAAAGACACUGGCGAUCAUUAAAUGAAGAAACUGGUGGCAUGAAUGAUGUUCUUUAUAAGUUGUACGCUGUAACGGGAGAUUCAAAGCAUUUAUUGUUGGCUCAUCUUUUCGACAAACCCUGCUUUCUAGGAUUGCUUGCGAUAAAGGCUGAUGAUAUUUCUGGAUUUCAUGCCAAUACUCAUAUCCCAGUUGUUAUUGGAUCUCAAAUGCGAUACGAAAUUACUGGUGACUCACUUUAUAAGGAAAUUGGGACAUUCUUCAUGGAUGUCGUCAACUCGUCACACAGCUAUGCAACAGGGGGCACAUCAGUCAGUGAGUUCUGGUCAGACCCAAAGCGACUAGCAAACACUCUACAAACUGAGAAUGAAGAAUCAUGUACAACCUAUAACAUGCUGAAGGUCUCUCGCCACUUGUUUAGAUGGACCAAAGAAAUGGCUUAUGCGGAUUUUUAUGAGAGGGCGCUAACAAAUGGUGUGCUGAGUAUCCAAAGAGGAAGAGAACCAGGAGUGAUGAUCUACAUGCUCCCACAAGGCCCUGGAACAUCCAAGGCCGUAAGCUACCAUGGAUGGGGUACGAAGUUCAAUUCUUUUUGGUGCUGCUAUGGGACAGGAAUUGAGUCAUUCUCAAAGUUGGGAGAUUCAAUAUACUUUGAAGAACAGGGCAACGUUCCCGGGCUUUACAUAAUCCAGUACAUAUCGAGCUCCAUAAACUGGAAAUCUGGAAAGAUUUUCAUAAAUCAGAAAGUAGAGCCUGCUGUCUCAUGGGAUCCUCGCCUUCAAGUGACAUUGACUGUUUCGUCAAAGGAGGAAGGGUCGAGUCUGACCUCUGCACUGCAUUUGCGAAUACCGAUCUGGACAUACCCAGAUGGCGCAAAAGCAGUGCUAAAUGGUCAGGAUAUGUCACUACCAUCUCCAGGUAACUUCCUCUCGGUCUCUAGAAACUGGAGCCCUGGUGACAAAAUAACUCUUGAACUGCUGAUAAGCCUUAGAACGGAGGCCAUCAAAGAUGACCGCCCGGAGCAUGCUUCUACUCAGGCAAUUCUUUAUGGGCCAUACCUGCUAGCUGGUCUAACCAGUGGAGACUGGGACAUCAAAAGAGACUCUUCGGCUUCUCUUUCCGACUGGAUAACUCCGAUUCCUGCUUCUUACAAUUCUCAUCUGAUUACACUUUCCCAAAAAUCCGGAAAUUCCACAUUGGCGCUCACAAACUCAAACCACUCAAUCACAAUGGAGAACUUUCCCAUAUCUGGCACGAAUGCUUCUGUCCGUGCCACUUUUAGACUCGUUUUAAACGAGUCAACUUCCUCUGAAUUUGCAGACCCAAAAGAUUUUCUUGGGAAAUCAGUCGUUCUAGAACCGUUUGAUUUUCCGGGUAUGGUUGUGGUUCACGGAGGGAAGGACGAAAGCCUUGAAGUUUCAAAUUCUGAUAACGGGAAGGACUCAGUUUUCCGUUUGGUUGCUGGAAUUGAUGGGAAAACUGGGACAGCUUCCUUAGAAUCAAAAAGCCAAGAGGGUUGUUUUGUGAAUUAUAAAUCAAGUUCAAGUAUCAAGCUCAGCUGCAAUUCUGAAUCGUCGGAUCCUGAAUUCAAACAGACGGCUAGCUUUGUACUGGGCAAUGGAAUUAGCCAGUAUCAUCCCAUCAGCUUCGUGGCGAAAGGUGCGAAAAGGAACUUUAUUCUUGCUCCAUUGUUUAGCUUAAGGGAUGAAUCUUACACUCUGUAUUUUAACAUUCACUCUUGAAGACUCAAAAGUUGGAAAGUUAGGCAAGUAGCAGAGUUGCAGUGAUGGAACAGAAAUUGUACCUCUCUGUUUUAAUUGCAACUACAAUAGUUUUAAGUUGCUGCUAUAAUUGCUAAAAUUAUGCUA